GGUUUCACCAUGAACCGUAAUUUGGGGAUGGAGGCACAGGCUCGUCUCACAGACAUGUUGGAGAUUACUGCCCAGAGCCUGGUGCACAUGGAAGUAGCAGACCACUACCAAAUCAUCAAGGAGUUGGGCAAGGGAAAAUAUGGUGAGGUGGUCCUGGUGAUGCACAGGCAAAGAGGGACCCCAAUGGCUCUCAAGCUACUACCUAAAUCUAGCACCAAGCUCCAGAAUUUCUUAUAUGAAUACUGUGUGGCACUCUCACUUUCUGCCCAUCCUGCCAUUGUUGGUAUGUUUGGCAUUGCUAUAGAGUCCAGCCAGCAUUACGGUUUUCUCUAUGAAGCAGCCCUGCAUCGAGACCUUAUCUCCAUUAUCAAGCCCAAGGCAGGCAUUCCUGAGAAGGCAGCCAAGCUCUGUGCCAAGCAACUAGUGAGUGCAUUGGACUUUAUACACAGCCGGGGCCUGGUGUAUCGAGAUGUUAAACCAGAGAAUAUCCUGCUUUUCGACCGUCACUGCCACUGCAUCAAAUUGACAGAUUUUGGAUUGACCCGACCCCAGGGCACUCUGCUGCAGCUUGUGACUGGGGUCAUCCCUUACACUGCACCUGAGCUAAGCCGUGGCACUGCUGGCACCCCAGGCCUACCCAUCAAUGCCAGCCUUGAUGCCUGGGCUCUUGGGGUGCUGAUCUUCUGCCUGCUCACUGGCUACUUUCCUUGGGAAAAGACUGUACCCGAGGAUUCCUUUUUUGAUGACUUUGUGAUAUGGCAAGAAUCAGGUUCAGAUGAAGAUCUGCCAUUUCACUGGCGUCCUCUGUCUCAAGAUUGCAUUGCUAUGUUACAAAAUCUUUUAGCCCUAGAGCCUACCAAGCGGGGCCCCAUCCGCCAAGUACUCAGCUACCUGGAUCGGCCAUGGCGAGCAGACUUGGCUGCUAAAACUGCCAUCUGAGCCAAAUUUACUUGACUGGAGUGGGGAUGGAGGGAGAUGAAAGACCUCCCCCCCCCCAUUAUUAUAUAUUUGAAAAAAAAGUAAAGAAAUGCUGUGUAUUGGAUAAUUUACAACAGUCCUCAAUGCAGUGGUGGAAUUCAGCUGGUUUGUACUGGUUCAUGUGAACCGGUUGUUAAAUUACCCAACUUCCUGCUACCAAAGUGGAUUGUGGGCGCUGCACUGCAAUGAAGAAAUGGGCAAUAGAGCAGGCAGAGUGACGAAAGAAGAAGGCCGCUUUCUCUCCUCCUUCCCUUGUGCUGGCUGCUUCCCUUGUGCCGGCUGCUCCUUCUCUUGUGCUGGCUGCAUUUCUCCAUUGUAGCCUAGUGCAGCACCCACAAUCCACUUUGAUUGGGUGGUGGUGGUGGUAAUUUAACAACUGGUACUCCCAGGGUCAGGUUGGCCAUUGUGGGAAGCUCAUCCCACAUUUGUGGCGCAGCUGGAGGAUGGGCCACAUUUUCCCAUGAUAGCCAACCUGACCUUGGGUUAAACUAUUGUUAAA